UCGAGCCAAUAGUGAUCGUGCGGUGCCUACGAGAACACGUUUCGGCUCGUCGGUCUCGUUCGCGGUACGUUCUCUGAUACUGUACGUGGAAACAUAAAACAAGAAAGAAAGAAAGAGAGAAAGAGAGAAAGAGAGAGAGAGAGAGAGAGAGAUAGAGAUAGAAAGAAAGAAAGAGAAUAAGAGAGAAGUAGUACAAAGGGAAUCUCCAUCUUUGCCUGUUGGUCGGGUAGUCGUCAAGGUCGAACGGAAGGGAAAUCCGAGAGGGGAAGGAGAAACUCUGUUGGUCAUCGUUAUCGUCAUCAUCGCCGUCGUUAUUAUCGUCGACUACUAUCUCUUCAUUUGGUCAUUACCUAUUUGAAGGAGCUCAAGGAAAGCUGCAACUCUUCUUCGGCAACAGCAGGAUUCAGGGGCGAGAAGCGCGCAGGACGAGAGGAGAGAAGUGGAGAGGAAAGGAGCGGAGGGGAGGGGAGGGACUCGAAGCUACUCUUCGACGAAGACGUCGCGAGCUUAGCGGCUCAUUUUUCGAAGGAGACGUUGUCAUCGUGGGUGAGGAGAGGCGAGGAACGCCAUGCCGGCAGGUAUUGGCGCUUCGUACAGGUCGUUAGGCGACCUGGGCGAAGACGUUUACAAAAGCACGACGAUCGUCGACCAGACCCAGAGCACCGGUCAAAGCGUACUCGAGAGUGUCAAGAAGGCUUUCAGCUUCGCUUCGCCUAAAGUGGAAAUCAGGAAGAAGGAUCCAUUGAUCGAGGAUCGACGAGAAAGCGUCUCGAUCGUAUCAAGGGACAGAAACAAGAUGCCGACCGCCGCCACCGCCGAGAAAACUGCACUUUUGGGCACGAUGCCUUCGUGCAUGCGAGAUAGUAUGGACGAUAUCGAGCUGAAGAAUAUUCAGCUACAGUUUCCGGCGCUGAGGUAUUUGUCGAGAGACGAUAGUUCCGUACGAGAAGAAAGAGUAGAAACCGAUAAAGGUAGUCUGCUUGUUGCCGUACAAGGAAACCAGGCAAAACCAGCGAUCCUCACCUACCACGAUUUAGGCCUUAAUUAUAUCUCGAGCUUCCAAGCAUUCUUCAAUUACAUCGACAUGCGCGUCCUUCUUGAAAAUUUUUGCGUCUAUCACGUUAACGCACCUGGUCAAGAGGAAAAUGCACCGGCACUCCAGGAGGAUUACGUUUAUCCGUCCAUGGAAGAGUUAGCAGAACAAUUGCUCUUUGUCCUCGGCCAUUUUACUUUGAGAUCUGUCAUUGGUUUCGGGGUUGGUGCGGGAGCCAAUAUAUUGGCUAGAUUUGCACUUGCACAUCCAGAAAAGGUCAACGCACUGUGCUUGAUCAAUUGCGUAUCUACGCAAGCAGGAUGGAUCGAAUGGGGUUACCAGAAGCUCAACGUACGUCAUCUGAGGUCACAGGGAAUGACGCAGAGCGUCCUUGAUUAUCUCAUGUGGCAUCAUUUUGGCAGGGGUACAGAGGAAAGAAACCACGAUCUCGUUCAAGUCUACAAGAAUUAUUUCGAGCAUCGCGUAAAUCCAAUAAAUCUAGCAUUGUUCAUCGACAGUUACGUACGACGUACUGAUUUGAACAUCACCAGAGAACUGGAUCCUACGCGCAAGAAGGAAGGAUUGACGCUUAGCGUACCAGUAAUGAACAUCACGGGUGCUCUGAGUCCGCACGUGGACGACACGGUCACGUUAAAUGGACGGUUAGAUCCAACGAACAGCACCUGGAUGAAGAUCUCCGAUUGCGGUAUGGUCCUCGAGGAACAACCGGGCAAAGUAAGCGAGGCCUUUCGACUGUUUCUUCAAGGCGAAGGAUAUGAUCGAUCGAGUGCGGUGAGAUCCUCGCGGAAGCCCGUGACGCCGACAACACCCGAAGUGGCCCCACUUUCGCCAUUGAAGAUGGCCGACUAUAGAUUGGCCUCUCUCGAAGGACUGAAUCAUGUUUGCAGCAAGAAAAUCGAUUGGCCUACAGCGACUAUACACAUCACCGAGAAUCCCAUAUCGGAAGCGGUGGUUUGCUAAACGUUUCUCGAUGAACCACAACCACCUCCGUUGAUUUCUUUUUAAAUAAUAAGACCUACCUAAUCGACGAUAGAUCAUAUGACACGACGACGAUAAAUAACUUCAAGGUUUCGUCGAAGCAACGAUCGUCGUGGCAUUCGUUUUAAUUUCCUUUCGAGGUGGUAUCGCACUACACUCUUUUCGACUGCGACUUCACUUUAGUUCGAUCCUAUUACCCGUUCCUUUUGCUUUCGUCUUUUUUAUUCUUAUAAUUAAUUUUCACGAUUUUUAUCUUAAACAAAAGUUAGCCGAUAUAACUAUUAUACGACGCUGCGUUAUUUUACAAAAAGGAGAAAGAAGCAAAAAAGAUAAAAAGAGAGAGGGGAGAUAAAGAGAGAGAGAGAGAGAGAGAGAGAGAGAGAGAGAGAGAGAGAGAGAAAGGAAGAAAGAAAGAAAAAGAGAAAUAUUUAUUACCGAGUAAUUUCCAAAUGUUGCAUUUUUAAAAAAGUGACUGAUCACAAAUUUUCUAAUGUUAAGAAGGCGAAACAAAUAACUAAUUAAAAAGUUAACGAGUUCGUAUAAUUUUAAAAUCGAUGUUGAAUAUUUUAAUGGUGAUUUUAAACAAUGAACAUUUUUAUUAUUAAAAUUUUAAGACGUUGUUACGACGCCUUUAAAAAAGGAAGAAAAAACACACUAUACUUCUACGAUAAUUCGACGACACCCAUUGUCGUCGUGAACAAAACUAACAGCGACGACAAUAUCGUAAGGGGCGAGAUUUUUAACAAAAAAUCAAGUCAAUCAGUAAAAACAAAGCAUCAUCGAAUGUUCAUGAAUAAUCGCGGGUAAGAUAAUUUUUUCGUAAAUCUACGAGCACACAACGAAUUCGCGACUUUUACACCGAGGAAAAUUUUACAAGCCAUUGAAGGAAGAUUAAACGGUAUUAUUUAGCGUGCAUAUCGAGGCACGGAAAUGAACAAAUUUUCUUUAUAACGUUGUCGUCAUAAAUUAUGCCGACAUUUACGGACGGUAUGAAAUUUAUGCAGAUACACAAAAAGCAACCAAGACUCGCAAUAUGAUAUUAUUUCAUUCACAAGUACUAUUAAUAAAUACACAAACACACUGACGCACAUACAUGUUUACACACGGACACACAUACAAACACUCACACACACAUAUAUAUACAAAAAUACAUACAUGCGUAAAAAGAAAUCAAAAUAAUGAAAAGAAAAGAAGAAAUAAUACGGUGGCACUGUACAGAAAAAAAGAACAAAUGAGCAAAUCGCGCUUUUCCGAGACUGAAAUCCAUCAACAGCCGUGUCUAUCGAUUUUUUUCGAAGGAAGAAACGAUCGAUAAGUCGUUUCGUCAAUAGAAAUCAAGAUAUAGUACGUGAAAGCAUAAUAAUGUUUCGUCGUUGGUAGUAAAAAAAUUUCAGACGAUAAUACGGAAAAAUAAUAAAAAAGAAAAAAGAGAAAAAAAAAGACGAUGGAUGCUGCUAAUUAGCUGCCUCAAAGUGUCCUCGGAGAGAGUUCGUUCGCUAUAUUACUCGUCGUCCAUUGGCCUAAGGAUGAAAUCGAAGGAUCUAAGAAACAAGUCGAUCGACCGUACAAUCGACUCGUCUUCUUUCGUCGAAUUUUCGUCGGACUUUUCGCGAUUUAGGUGCUGAUAAGGAGGACAAAAUCUUCGCGUUUUACAGAAAAAUUCUUUUGAGAACGGAUCGGUGUAGAAUUUAUGUUGCUACCCGUUCUAGAAGAAGAUUUUCCAUCGAUCCUUUUUCCCUGCCAUAAAAGGGCAUUAUGGAAAGAAACAGAGAGAGAGAGAGAGAGAGAGAGAGAGAGAACAAGAGAGAACUAGAGAGAACGAGAUAUGUACACGCGUUCACGUUCGUGCACCGUUCGCACCAUUUUAUUAUUUUAUUUUGAAGCGUAUAUGUAAUAGAUACACAUAGAGAGAAAAAAAAUGGCGAUGAAUGAUGUGCGUUUGAGUGCGAGGAUGUACGUGUAGAAAGAAAAACCAUAGUAGAAGAGUAUAUUUGAUAGGUAGUCGUUAAAGGAAAUAAAUAAGUCAAAGAGAUUUGGUUUGGUACAUCCGCAUGGUUCUACCUGGCUUUUUCAAGCCUCUAGCGUGAUAUGAUAAGACGUGCCUGCUACAUGAUGUUGUACUACGUAGCUUUCGAAAGUUCUACUCCGCCUUUAGUUUUGUAUGUGAUGAGAUUCCUUCCGAUUUUCUCUGUAUCCGAUUUUCUCGUAUCUUUGUGCGUUCACCUUUGUGGUAGGUGAGAAUAUCGAACGAGCCCCAUCGCUUUUCUACCGUCUCACGUUUAAUCGGACGAUCGGAGUAUUGUGAAACAUACUCAAGGAAGAAUAACAAACGGGCAUUUUUAUUUCUAUUCUGUGUAUAUCUGAUGAAAAUUUUGUUAUUCUAGCCUGAUAAAAAUAAAUGAAAAGAUAAUAAUAUAUAUAUAUUUUUUUUUUCUUUUGUUUUCGUAGCGAUGAUAGAUCGUCGAGGCACAAAGAAACGAGAAAACUAUAAAAAUACUAAAAAGAUUUCGAGAAUAAGACUUAGUCGCUCCACGUAGACGAGAAAGUUUAUAACGAGAAACCGGAUAUAUGUAUGUAUAAUAGGUGUAUGUAUAUCUAUGACGCGUUGUUUAGACUGUCGCGAAAAAAAUAGUAUACAGCUUAAUAUUAGAGAAGUUCGCGGCUCGAUUCGCGAGAAUUGAAAAGGAUACACACGCAUUAAAAAAAUUGCUAACGUGAGCUCUAAGUAAGUAAGGAUAACGUAGCCUCUAAGGACUACCGAUACACCGCCAAUAAUAUACGUAUAUACCCUACGUUCCCGUAUUAUUUCUCACUCUUCGUUAUCAAAGAUUCAAGCCGACUGUUAGAUUAAUCGCGUACUAGAACGGAUCAUUCGAAAUUACGAUUAGACUACCGAGAGAUAUAUAUAUAUAUAUACAUAUAUAUAAAUACCUGCAUUCUAUUAAACAUAUCGACGAAGGAGAAUUCGGCGAACGCUGCUCUUGAAAUUUUCGAUCGUCGGUCCGAUCUCAUAAUGAUACGGUUCUUCGUCAAGAAAAUCUUCUCGGAGUGCAUAUCAGUAACGUAUGUAUAACACAAUUGGAAAUGAUAUCUCGUAGAUGAAACGAAACGAAAGAAAAAUUGAAAAAAAAAAGAAAACGCAAAAGAAAAAUGAAAAAAAUUUCCUUCGUGGAUCAAUGAGUAUAUAUAUUACUCAAUUUUGCGUACGUCACGACGAAUCGUAUUUUACUAUAUUAGUUUCUUUCAUAUUAUGAGAUUUUAUCUCAUAUUGUACGAUUCAACGAUUCGGAUUUGAAAAAGGACCGAAAAUAAAAUAUAAAACGUCUCUUCAUAGGAUCGAUCGUUUUCAUCCGUCGAUACGAUCUUGCGCGAGAUCGUUCAAUGCGCGACGAGAUUAAAUAUUUUAUGUUUCCUUUCUUUCUUUCUUUUCUUUUUCGUUUUUUUUUUUUUUUUAUUUCUUUUAUUUCAGUUGAAUUGUCACACUUACAAUGCGUUUGUUUUUCUUCUUUUUUCGCGCUAUACUCUAUCUAUCGUAGCGCGAAGCGUAUUGAGUUCGUGACGUUAAUGACUCAAGGUAAAUGAAAUAUAGUAAGUACAGUAAGAGCGAACUAUACGUAUUGUUAGACGCGGAGCUUGAAUAUAUAUAUAAAAUACGUUAUACUGAUUAAAGGACACGUGCGCACUGAACAAAUACAUCUUGUUAUUUAUAAUAAACGAAUUCGAAAGCAA